GUACACUGACACUGACACAUAUACUUUUUACAUUAUUUUGUGGGCUUCCUUGAGGACACUUGGUCUUUUAAACAAUUAAAAGAGUAGCAUGUGAAAUGGGCAAGAAAUUAAGCCCAUGGCAUUGGUAAACUUUUCAAUAGACCAUUGUAUCACUGGGAUAUUACUGUCUUUCUAGGAGCCUAGUUGCGUGCAAACAAAGAGGAAGUGAGAUGCAGAUGCGGUUAUUCCGAUUCAUGCACCAGACAGAAUACUGCUUAACAGGCUUAAAUUGGCUAUACCCUCUUUCUCCCACUCCAAUGUUAUAUAUUGUGCUAUUAACUCAUAAUGCAAUCUUUACAUUUACUCUCUUGCUUAUUGUAUCAUGUAUAAAAUUAUCUUCAGGUUAUGUCUUUUUUAUUCAUUUGGGAAAUUGUGCUAUCAUAAUAAGCCACAUGAGGUGGUCAGAAGACUAAGAAAAGAAAAUACGAUCUUUCUCACCACACCGUGUCUUCUGCAAAACUUUCUAGGGAACAACUUGGAACCUAAUUCUAUGGAAGAUAAGGAGAUGAAUGGCUAUCAAUCAGUUAGAGCAGUGGCCUAGGACUAGGGAGAUUCAGGUUCAAGUCCAUUCUUAAAUUACUUAAAGACAACUAGUAAUUUGGGAGCCAAUUACUAUUUCUUAGCCCUGCCUGCUUUGCAAGAACCUGUUGUCAAAGAUCAGAAUCAAAAGAAAUCACCAUUAAAAAUGCUUUGACCUUAGGAGGAAGGGCCACACCUAAGAAAUAAAUAAGGAAUAGCGAUCUACAUUCCUUCUAUCCUAUGUGUGGACUUCCUGUACAGCAGCUGUUGGCUUCUGUGCAUGGAAUGGAGAAAGCCAUUGUCCUUUCAAUUGCCUCAGGCAGUGAAAUGUUUGGGAAAUGUUUGGGACAGCCAGUUUCAAAUCUAAAACUAAAACUGCUGGCAAAAAUAAGGGCAGAGGAAGUGGAGGAAAAUUCCUUUCAUCUCCAACACACCUGCUAGACAUCAGUUUGGAGAAGAUGAAAAAGUAAACAGAGCGUUGUUCCUGAAUGGAAAACCCCCAAAAAUUCACCGUUCGACUAUCGUUGAUUAGUAAAGCAAGAAACAACCCAACACACAGCACAAGUUUUGGAGCUCUUCAGAACUCUUGGGACUGCUUUUCCUAUCGCCUCAUUCCACGAACUGAUCUGGAAGGUGAAAGUUUAUGUUUGGUACUUCAGCCCAGAAAAAAAAUAGCGGAAUGUGGAAAAGAUGAUCCGGGACAUUAUUGAAAAUGAGUCGCCUCUCCAGCCCCGCAAACAUACUACCACCCAACUCACCGCUCUACUGGCUGGAAAAGACGACAAGAUUCUUUUUCCUGAGAGUCACGCGCGGGUUAGGAAGAGGCAACAGCAACUUUGAACGCCCGCUGCCCUCCCCCACUCUCGAUACCCAUCCUCUCCCACGCCACCCCUCCUUCUCCCCCACGUUCUCACUAUUUUCUUACGGAGCGGCUGCUCCGCUGGCCAGAGACGGCAGGAAAAGCCGCGGCGUGUUGCGGCUCGUCUAGUUUCAGCAACGAGAGGGUGCAAAAAGCUGAUUAAUCCACCCUGCCUAGACAGGAAGAGAGAUCCUGCGGGAGCAGAAGAUGCCCCAAGGACACCCAAGAGGCCGCUCCACGCCCGUGCCCGAGAGCCGCCCCACCUACGGGACCGUCCUCCGUGGGAAGCCCGACGGCAGGCAGACCCUGUCCGCGCCCCUUCUGAAAAGGCUUCCCUCUGAACUCCCUAACCCGCCGCUCAGUCUCGGACGGGAGGGCGGAGGAGGGGGAGACACCGCUCGAAGGGCUCCCCGGGAACUCGGCGGGGUCGUAAGCUCCUUGAGAGCGGCAGCGGCAGCGGCAACUCCUCUCUGAGAAGGACGUCCCGCCGCUCUGCCCCCUCGGUCACCAGUCGAGUCCCCCUCCGGAGGUAACGAGGUGGCUGCUACUCCGGCCGCCCAUUGGUUGCUGAGCGCCUGACGCGCGGGCCGCGGGGAGGUGUCCUGGACGCCGGAGCCCUCCGGAGGAGCGCUCGCAAACAUGCUGCAGCCUCGAAGCAAGUCGGUCGCCGUUCCGACGGCGCUGGCGUGGAGAGGGAUCCGCUUCACCUUCAUGCCUCCAGCCUGGAUGCCCUAAGCUGACCCCUUUGCCUCGCUGCACAGCCAUGGGAGAGGGAUGGCUCUUCUUAGAGGAUCGCCCUCCCAACCGAACGAACUUGACUGCUCAGGCUGGCCUGAGAGCUCUCAACUUCUCCACUGACUUGGAUCUACCUGGCAGCUGGAAAACGGAAGAGUUGUCCCAGCAGUGGGUGGUGGGCAUGAGUCUUCUGAUGUCUUUGAUGGUGACCUUCAUUGUGGUGGGCAACGGUCUGGUGAUAGCGGCCAUUGGGAGAACGCAACGGCUGCAAACCCUCACCAACGUCUUCAUCACCUCUCUGGCUUGUGCUGACUUGGUGAUGGGCUCCGUGGUGGUGUCCUUUGGUGCCACCCUAGUAGUGCGAGGCUCUUGGCUCUGGGGCUCCUUCCUAUGUGAAUGCUGGAUUUCGGUGGAUGUCUUGUGUGUGACAGCAAGCAUAGAGACCCUGUGCGUCAUUGCAAUUGACCGUUAUUUGGCCAUUACUUCGCCCUUCCGCUACCAGAGCCUCAUGACGAAGAGACGUGCCAAGAUCAUCGUCUGUGUUGUCUGGGCCAUUUCGGCCUUGGUGUCCUUCUUGCCCAUCAUGAUGCAUUGGUGGAGAGAUAAAGGCCCUGAGGCUCAGCACUGCUACGAUAAUCCCAGCUGCUGUGACUUUGUCACCAACAGGGCAUAUGCUAUUGCAUCCUCUGUCAUCUCUUUCUACAUCCCUCUUUUUGUUAUGAUUUUUGUCUACAUUAGAGUCUACAGAGAAGCCAAGGAGCAGAUGAAGAAGAUUGAUAGGUGUGAGGGCAGGUUCUACAAUAAUCAUCAGCAGCACCAGCAUCCAGUCCACCAGCACCUGCCUAUCUUGGGUAAUGGCCAAACUAAUAGAAGAAAAACAUCCCGGAUUCUAGCUAUAAGGGAACAAAAAGCUCUUAAAACUUUGGGCAUCAUCAUGGGGGUUUUUACUCUCUGUUGGCUACCGUUUUUCCUGGUCAAUAUAGUCAAAGUCUUUAACAGAGGUCUUGUACCGGACCAGCUCUUUGUAUUCUUCAACUGGUUGGGUUACGCCAACUCUGCCUUCAAUCCCAUCAUUUACUGCAGGAGCCCUGAUUUUCGUAAGGCCUUCAAAAGGAUGUUGUGCUGUCCUAGAAAAGCAGACAGGAGGUUGCAUGCUAGCACUGGAGAGCUCUCUCAUUACCCUGGAGGUUUCAUCAGUACCCUGGGAAAUACAGCUCCGUGCACUCUUGGAGGGACGUGGUCUGAUUACAAUGGUGGUAUGCAGGAUGGAAGUGACUCCAGUUUGGAGGAAGGGAACAGUAAAAUCUCCUAUUCAGAGUCUAAGAUACUUACAUGGAAUUUGUUUAUCAUCAAUUUGAGAAGAAGGAAGUAUAAAAGCACCAGAAAUUAAUUUCCAUGCAAAGCCAUAUCACAGUCUCCAUUAUGGAGUCUAUAAAAGGAUGGGCUUGCAUUUGUCUAAGGAUGCCUAAUAUGAACAACAUUGGGUGAAGGUAGGUCACUUGUCAUUUAAGUAAAAUAUGUGCUUUGCUGUGAUGGAAAAUUAUUUAAAUCAGCAUUGGGGAAUUUGAGGCUCUGCAGUCAUUGUUGAACUAUAAUUCCCACCAAUCUCAUGCAGCAUGCUGGGAAUUUGUAAGUCAGGGAUACCUACAAGGCCAUUAAAUGCCCCAUCCCUGGUGCUACUUUUGACUAAUUCCCCAGUACUAAAUCUAAAUUCUUGAAAGUUUACAUUUACUUUAUUAAGUUUCCAAAUGACUCAUGAAUAUUAAGAUUAUUAGUCUAUUAAGGAGAAUUUAGUCCGUUAAAUAUACGAGUUCCAGUGGAUUAAUUGAUUAAUGAUGCAAUCCAAUAAAUGUAACAUAGGAAUGGAAUAUAGUAUGGCAUGGAAAGUCUUUACUUUGAACUUGAAGGCUUUUUUAUGUACUUAUGUCAUGUUGGAGUAAAUUUCAUUGAAUACAUUCCAGGCUGUAGGGCUUUUUUUUUAACAUAGAAUUCAAGUUCCCUUCUUAAUAAAGUCAUUUUAAUUCAUCAAAUACACGGCUUGGCUCUGGGAAAUACAAUUCUGGUGUUCCAACUAUUAACAGAAAAUUUCACCCAUGGAGAAAGUAUAUGAUGGCAAGAAAUAAUUAUGUUUUGUUUUUUGAUUUUUUGGAAUCUCUGAUUUUGUUGAAUAUAAAUUUGUGCACAAUUUAAAAAUUUGAAAUAAAUACAAAAUUUGGGAAAGUGUGAUUAUGAAUAGGCACUUACCAAUCUGAUUCACCUAUAUUCUGGAAUUGGUUUGUGCAUGUAAACAUUGUCACACUUAAUUUUUCAUCCAUCAUAACUCACAAUAUCUAUCUGCAUGAAUAGCUUCCCAGUCAGCUAAUGAUAUAACUUGGAUCCAAACUAAUAGUGAAUUAAUCAGAUUUAUAUAAUCUAUUGUGUAAAAACCAUUUGUUACAAACCAAAGAGUAAUGCAGAGAUUAAUAAAUACCAUGUUUGAUAUAGAGUGUACACUAUUCCUGGAAAAAAUAAAUUAAUCUUCUGCAGUGGCUAUUACAUUGGGUGACCUAAAAUUCAGUUGUUGACUUGGCUAUGAGGUUCACUGCUUUAACUCAAGCUAUGCGUUAACCAGCAAUCUUUUCCUACCUUACUAGGUUGAUCUUGCUGUGAAAGAAAAAUAUGUGGAAGGCAUCUAUGGAACAUAAGUUAUUUGAAAAUAAAUUUAUAAGGAAUCCUCAUAUCCUUAACCACUGAACACUGUUCAAGGAAGGGUACAUAACUCAAAUGCAAGUGAGAUAAUUGGAGAGUAUGCACAUUCUUGCAGGACUAUCUGGUUGGAGUUUUGACUGAUAUUCUAACAAACAUGCAUCAUUUCCUUCCUGUUGCUAAUUCAUCAUGAUGACCUAAUUUAUAUACGAAGAUGAGCCUAGUUUAGCUAUGAGUUUGUUGAACACUUUUUGAUAAACUCUGCCCUGGCUUUUGAAUAAGAAAAAAAAUAAUGCCCUAAUGUAGUGACAUUCUUUGAGUUUAUUUUAAACUUAAAUGUUUUGUUUAUAACCUACUCAAAGAUUCAGAAUGGCCAUUAAUGAAUUUAAACUGUGAAUCUGUAUCUUUUAAAAUGCUUAUCUGCAAAAUGCAGCCCACUAGCUGUUCUUAAGAUGAAUUCACAGCACAAUCCUAUGGAGGUUUUGUGAGUUUGUUCCCAGGUAAGUGCAGACAGUCUUGCAUCUUUAAUCCUGUUAUCAUCUGUGAGGUAACAUUUGCAAAAGUCCAGUUAGGGUUUAUGCUUUUAAUUACAGAGGCUUAAUAAACUUAA